CUCAAAGCGACCAGAGCUUGUCAAUCUAGCUCCCAGGCUGGCGUGGUGAUUUCUACUAACCUCAUGUCCAAUUCCCAUGGCGUCUCAUUUCCAACAGCACUGAAACUUGACCGUGGUUCGCAGAAAUGCAGAACCUCAAUGCUCCAGCCUGUUGCUUAAGACCUAGGACAAGGCGCGGUUCUGAGUUGAUCCCUCCGAAGAAUCAACCCAUCAACAUAGCACGAUGCUAGACCUGACACGGAAAAAGCAAGGGGGUAAAGAGGGGGCGAGAUUCCCCAAACUGUACGGGGUGAGACUAAGGAGGGAGGAGCGGUGGGGUUGGGUUGAGGCGCGGUGGGCUUCUUUCUCACCUUCGGAAGCAGAACCCGAAGAUUACUUUCGUUCGGACGAGAAGCAACGGAUGUUUUAGUAUUUAUUCUACCCUUCUUCCAGCUGUGAUUUUACGUGUUACUUGCAUGAGUUGAUACUUGAUUUACGUUUUUUACGGCAUUGUUUUACUUCCUGAUCAAGGGGUUCGUUAACAGAUUUUGUGGUUGUUGAGAAGUCGGUCUGGACUAUCACGAGAGGCAGUCAAGGUUUCGAGUCGAGAGUACCUGUGAUUGAUGGUCUGGUUCCCACUUGUUUGCGACUCUUUUACUCUCACAUUUAGUCUGGAGGAUCCGCCUCGAUAGAUAAGGUCGUGCGAUUAACCCCUCCCUCCCCGCCUCUAAGCCGGGGAGACCGAAGAUAAGUCAACGGACUCACAACACCGGAUACAUAGUUGAUAACAUCCCUGGGUGAUGCUGAGUGGCCCAGCAAGCGGCAGCAGAAGCCG